AUGUUGAAAUAUGUCCUGUUAUGGGCAUCGAUGCUACCUCUCAUUCAAAACCAACAACAGUUCAUGAUGAAAGAUUGUAAAAACGGGCAUUGUCACAACAAAGGAGAUUGUUUACUUUGUGAAUAUCCAGACAAUUGUAAAAUGGGAGAGAUACUAACAAUCAGAUGCACUUCCUUAUGCGAAUCAGUGGAGUCUGAACAUCGGGAAGCGUAUUGCAGUUAUUGCUGGCAGUUGGAUCCGUCAUUAUAUGAUUGUGAACCUGUAACUAACUGCACCACCACCAGAACAGGCUUGGUUAAAACAACUUGCGAGGUGAAAGAUGGUAUUCAUUGUAAAGGGAAUAGACUGUUUUCAAAGAAAGUUCGGUGUAACUGGUCGUCAGGGUUCAGCUGGACUAAAGCCAUGCUCUACUCCAUAACUCUCGGCGGGUUUGGGGCUGACCGAUUCUACUUAGGACUGUGGAAGUCAGCGAUCGGAAAGUUAUUCUCUUUUGGUGGAUUAGGCAUAUGGACGGUCUUAGACAUUAUACUGAUAGCCACUGGAUACAUUAGACCAGCAGACGGAUCGCUUUACAUGUAA